AUGUCCGAGUUGAGCCCCAGCCCAAUUGCCAUCAUUGGCAUGGCAUGCCGUCUACCCGGUGGUUCGGACAACCCAGACAAACUCUGGGACAUGCUGUCCGAGGGACGGACUGGCUGGCGUGAGAUUCCCGAAGACAGAUGGAACAAAGAUUCCUUCUAUCACCCUGACCCAGAGGCCAAAGAAGCCGUCAACUUCAAGGGCCUCUACUUUCUGGAUCAGGACAUCACUGCAUUUGAUGCACGCUUCUUCAAUAUUCAUCCCCAUGAAGCUCACUGUCUCGACCCACAGCAACGCAUCUUGAUGGAGACCACAUACGAGGCACUUGAGAAUGCCGGCCAGACACUUGCAGGAAUUAAGGGCUCCGAUACGUCUGUUCAUGUCGGAGCUUAUGCUACCGACUUCGAGCGGAUGGGUUACAAGGACACAGCAAGAACCCCAAAGGCUCACAUGAUCGGCACCGGAAUUGCCAUCCUUUCCAACAGGAUAUCCUAUGUCUUUGAUCUCAAGGGCCCAUCCAGCACAGUGGACACCGGGUGUUCAGGAAGUAUGGUGGCUCUGCACCAAGCAUGCCAUGGACUUCGAGCGAGGGAGUCCAAGAUGGCCAUUGUGGCUGGUACACAAUUGGUCCUCACUCCUGAUCAAAUCAUCCCCAUGAGCAGUGUUGGUAUGACCAACCCAGAUGGCAAAUGCUAUGUCUUUGACAGUCGCGGUGCCGGAUACGCGAGAGGUGAGGGUGUAGUCAGUUUCAUCCUCAAGCGCCUUGAUGAUGCUGUCAGAGAUGGGGAUAAGGUACAUGCCAUCAUCAGGAACUCUGGCCUGAAUCAAGACGGCAAGACAGCAGGUCUCACACUCCCCAACCCCAUCUCUCAAGCGAACCUUAUGCGUCAGGUGUACAAGAACGCCGGCCUUGACCCAGAAGAUACUGCAUAUGUUGAGGCACAUGGAACUGGAACCAAAGCAGGCGACAGCGCAGAGAUCUCAUCUAUCGCGGAAGUCUUCUGCCCCAAUGGAGACCGUCAAGAUGGCCUCUACGUCGGCUCUAUCAAAUCAAACAUCGGCCAUCUUGAAGCAUCAAGUGGUGUCGCAGGCCUGCUCAAGGCAGUUCUCAUCUUAAAGCAUGGAGCAAUCCCACCCAACGUUGACUUUAUCGAGCCGAAGCCUACCCUCCAUCUUGAGGAGCGUAAGAUCAAGAUCGCAACUGAGAUGGUGCCUCUUCCAUCGUCAACUGGUCCUCGGCGGGUGUCUGUCAAUUCCUUCGGUUACGGUGGGACCAACGCCCAUGUUAUCUUGGAGGCCCCAUCUACCUACGAGAAGCCGGAAGACGUGUCAGUCUUGAAAGCUUCAAAUGGCACCAAUGGACACUCGGAACACACUAACGGCACCAAUGGCCAUUCCAAUGGAACAAACGGUGUCAACGGCCAUGCGAAGGAAGCCAAUGGCACCAAUGGGCACGUGAAGAAGCCAAAUGGUACCAAUGGACAUGCAGAAGAGGCCCAGUCUGCACAAAUCAAGACCUCUGACGGUUCUGUAACCAACGAGACCAAUGGAGUCAACGGGAAACAAACUGCUGCACACGGCUCUCAGCUCUUCGUCCUGUCAGCUCGGUCCGAAGCAUCCCUGCAGGCCAUGGUGUCUAACCUGCAAAAAUGGGUUUCUGCCCAUGAGGAUGCUUCCUACUUCCCCGACCUUGCCUACACCCUCUCCACUCGACGAUCAGAGAUGCAGCUCCGCUUCAGUGUGGCGGCAGCUGGCCAUGAAGAACUCAUUGAUCUGCUUGGCCAGAAGCCCCGUAUCACCAAGGCCAUGACCACGUUCCGCUCUGUAUUCCUCUUUACUGGCCAGGGAGCACAGUGGCAUGCCAUGGGUCGCGAGCUCACCGUGCACCAGCCGGUCUUCAGAGCAUCAAUGCUGCGAUCCGAUGAGAUCCUGAAACAGCUCGGUGCAGAAUGGAGUUUGAUCAAUGAACUGUCCCGGGACGAGAAGAGCUCGCGGGUUGGUCAAGCCGAGAUCUCUCAGCCAUCUACCACGGCGAUACAAAUUGCAUUGGUAGAUCUCCUCAAGAGCUUCGGCGUCUUUCCAAAUGCUGUUCUCGGCCACAGCAGCGGCGAGAUAGCUGCCGGCUACGCUGCCGAGGCCCUGAACCACGAGACAGCGCUGGAGAUAUCCUACAGACGUGGUUUCAUGUCCAAGGCCUGUGCGCGCGUCAUCUCCAGCAAGGGUGCCAUGAUGGCAGUCGGCUUGGGCGAACACGAUGUACAGAAGUACAUCGACCAGACCCGGACGGGACUGAUCUGUGUUGCAUGUGUCAACUCUCCCGUCAGUACCACCAUUUCGGGUGAUGAGGCUGCUAUCGACGAGCUGAAGCAAAUUCUUGAUGAAGAGUCCAUCUUCAACCGCAAGCUCAAAGUAGACACGGCCUAUCACUCUCAUCACAUGAAGAAGGUUGCAGCCGAGUAUCUGGAGUCCAUCUCACACAUCAAGACUCACACUCCAAGCCCUGAAGUCAAGUUCUACUCUUCUGUUAUUGUUGCCCAAAAAACAAAUGACUUCGGUGCUCAGUACUGGGUCGACAACCUCGUAUCCCCAGUUCGGUUCGGCAACGCUCUAGACCUCCUCUGUCGCACAGAGACUGUUGGAGUUGAGCCAUCACCAUUCAUCUUAUUCACUGAGGUUGGCCCACAUGGCGCCUUGGCUGGCCCUGUUAGACAAACCAUCAAGGGCCUCAAUCUGCCUAGCUUCAAGUCCAACUACCUUUCCACUUUGGUACGAGGCCGCGAUGCUGUCAUUAGUCUUCUGGAAACGGCAGGCAAACUGUUCGAGUCUGGAUAUCCGGUUUCGUUGGAAGCGACACUUGCACAAGAUGAGUCCAAACCUCCGAGCUUGAUCGAUGAUCUCGCACCAUACCCCUGGGAUCACUCCACGAACUACAUCUACGAGUCGAAUCUCAGCAAGCAGCAUCGCUUCCGCGCGCAUCCACCGCAUGAUCUUCUUGGUCUGCGGGUGCCUGGAACUACCACCCAGGAGCCUACUUGGCGCAACUUCCUUGGUGUCGACAGCCUUCCUUGGCUGAAAGACCAUGUUGUCGAUGGCUUUGCUAUCUACCCUGCUGCAGCCUAUCUCUCCAUGGCUAUCGAAGCAGCGCGUCAGAUUAGCAUCGAUAGGAAGGUCCAGGGUGUCAUCUCCCAGGUGCAUCUGAAGAACGUCUCGUUCUCCAAGUCGAUCAUGAUCCCCGAGCGACGCUCAGAUGGCCUGAUAUCUGAUGUCGAAGUUCUCCUCACGUUGAGGCCAGCCAAGCACUUGACUGACCGUACGUGGGAGACGUUCCGCAUCAUGGCUCUGUCUCCAGAAGGCGUCUGGCAUGAGCAUUGUUCCGGAUCUAUUAUGCUUGAGUGGGUCUCCAAGGAGGACGAGGUUGAGGGCCUCCGUGAGGAGAGCAUGACGGUCUCGAGCCGCCUCAAGCACCUCCAAGACAUCAUUGAUGCAUGUGACACCGAUUUCAACGGGGAGGAACUUUACAAGAACUUUACUGAGAACGGAAACGUCUAUGGCUCUACCUUCCAAGGUAUCCAGUCCGCAAAGAUCGGUCCUCGCGGUGGAAUCGCUGAGAUCAGCAUUCCCGACGUGGCCAGUGUGAUGCCUCGGAAGCAUCAGCAGCCUCAUGUGAUUCACCCAGCUCCGCUCGACUCUGUCUUCCAGCUCGGAAUUCCGCUCUACAGAAGAAGCAUUGGUAACGGACCCGUCAUGCCUACUACCAUCGACGAGAUGACUAUCGACUGCCGUCUCAGCAGCGAUCCCGGCACCAAAUGGGUUGCCUCCACCACCAUCAUCGAGACAGGCUUCCGGUUUGCUCGCAUCCAGAUUAUGGUGUUUGAAGAGACAGCUGAAGGUGAGCCCCUGCUGCCUGUCAUCAACAUCGCCGGGGGCUCUCUUCGGGGCAUUGGCGAAGCUCCAGUUGACGAGACUACACUUCCCUUUAAUCGCAAGAUGAGCUAUGCCCUCGAGUGGAAGCCUGAUGUCGAUCUUCUUCCGCCUCAGAAAUUAGGCGAGUCUCGGCUGGUCGACUAUCUUCAGCUCCUGGCCUUCAAGCAGCCGCAUAUGAAGAUCUUGGAAGUGGGAGACGGAGCUGAGGGCAGUGUGGCAUUGCCAUUGAUCCAAGCACUCGAUCGCCCUGAAGGUCUUUUGCUCGACCGAUACUGCUAUACCGAUGCCCAUAGCGAGGCGUUGGAGCAGGUCAAAACAUUGCUUCAGAAUUGGAGUGAUCGCGUCGACCUCAAGGCUUUGGACAUCUCCAAGGAUCCUACUCAACAAGGUUUCCAACAAGACGAGUACGACCUCAUCAUUGCGUCAAACGCGUUUUACGGAACGGGUGCUAUUGAUGAGAGUCUGGCAAACUCGCGGAAGCUCUUGAACUCUCGCGGACGACUUGUCCUUGGCGUUUCUGCUCCCUCGUCAGAGGGCGAGUGGGCUGCUCAUCUGGAAAAGCACGGCUUCCGGGUGUUGUCGCCUGAUGGCUCUACCACACAAUCUCAUCUGAUUGUCGCCACAGCUAUCGAUGAACAUUCUGCUUUGCGACAAGAUUUCCCUUCUGUCCAUGUUAUCUGCCAGUCUCAGUCGCAUGACGAGUUCACCUCUCUCGCUGUCUUACUGGUGGCCAAGUUGACAAACAUGGGAUUUCCCUGCUCUCUGGGCAACUUGUCAUCUGAACCAGUCAACGCUGACUGCAUCUACGUCGUCCUUGAUGAUGCAGCAGAUGCUAUCUUGGUCUCGCCAACCGCCGACAAGUUUUCGCAAGUUGUUGCGCUUGUCACCAAAGCAAAGAACGUGCUUUGGGUUAACUGUCAAGGAAGCGGCGCUGAUGUCCACAACCCGGCCAAAGGCAUGAUCACCGGACUCUCUAGAGUCGUUCGGCGAGAGAACGCAGGAAUGCGAUUCAUCACUCUCGAUGUGCAGGCCGAUGUCCUAUCCAGCCCAGAUGUGCUGGUUUCUCAGCUCCAGGACAUUGUUGCAAGGUCCUUUGCUACUCCGAUCAGUGUGACACGGUCUGAUGAGGAUGAGUACGCUUUCAGCGACGGCCAGCUUCUCAUCCCCAGAGUCCACGCCGAUGCCAAGUUCGAUGAAUGGGUGAAGAGGGCCAUCUAUGCCCAAAGCAUGGCGACGGGACCUUUCCAACAACCGGAGCGACCCCUCAAACUGGAGGUUGAGACACCUGGUCUCUUGAGCAGUCUUCGAUUCGUGGACGAUGAAACUCCUUCGAAGCCUCUUGGGCCGUUCGAGUUGGAGCUUGAGGCCAGAGCGUAUGGUGUCAACUUUAAGGACGUCUUCAUCGCCAUGGGACAGAUGGUACCCGGUGUCACGAUGGCGGGUGAGUGUACCGGCAUUGUUCGCAAGGUAGGCUCUGAAGUCGAAGACAAGUUCAAGGUCGGAGAUCGCGUUUGCGGUAUCUUUGCCGAGCCCUUCUCAAGCCACCCACGGAUCAACGCCAACUUCAGCAGUCACCUUCCAGAGACGAUGUCCUACUCUGUCGGCGCGUCUAUCCCUGUCAUCUUCUGUACCGCAUACCACUGUCUCAUCGAAGUUGCUCGUCUCGAACGUGGACAGACCAUCCUGAUUCAUGCCGCUUCUGGUGGUGUUGGUCAGGCAGCCAUCCAGCUCGCCCAGAAUAUUGGAGCCGAGAUUUUCUGCACCGUCGGUAGCAGCGCAAAGCGUCAGUUGCUUAUCGACACUUUCAACAUCCCACCCAGUCACAUCUUCUCGUCCCGUCUCCGGACGUUCAAGCAGGGAAUUAUGCGACUUACCCAGAACAAGGGCGUUGACUGCGUCUUAAACUCGUUGUCGGGCGAAUCACUUCAUGACUCGUUUGCUGUUCUCGCGCCACUGGGAACCUUUGUCGAGAUCGGCAAGUCUGACAUCUAUCGGAAGAACGAGAUCAGCAUGGUUCCUUUCGACAGCAGCGUCACCUUUGCUGCGGUGGACCUGACGGUUCUUGCUCGCCUCAAGCCAACCAAGAUGAGAGAGACUCUCGAAAAAGUCUUGUCCAUGUUUGAGGACGGAACUUUGAAGCCUGUCGCUCCCAUAACAACCAUGCCCAUGACAGACAUUGAGGACGCUUUCCGUCUGAUCCAGUCUAGAAAGCAUACUGGCAAGGUUGUUCUCGUCUCUGACGAUCAGACACAAGUCAAAUUGACAUUGGCGCGUCCUAAACCCCUUUGGCUGGAUCAGAAUGGCACUUAUGUCGUCUCUGGCGGUCUCGGAGACCUUGGCCGAAGAAUUGCCAAGUUCUUGGCUUCUCAUGGCGCGGGACAUGUGGUGACGCUUUCUCGGCGUAAGCUCCAAGAGGAAGACCAACUGGCUUUCCAGGAAGAACUACGCGCCCUGGGAUCAGAGCUACAUGUCAUCGGCUGCGAUAUCACUGAUGAAGAGUCUGUUCGCUCGGCCGCUACUCAGUGUUCGGCAAGCCUUCCACCAGUGAGAGGAGUCGUCCACGCAGCAAUGGUUCUAAGAGACCACCCCUUCGAGAUUAUGUCUCACGAUGACUACAUAACUGCCAUCAAGCCCAAAGUCCAAGGAACUCGCAACCUGGAUGACGCCUUUGGGGCUUCUGACUUCUUCAUCAUGCUCUCUUCCAUCACGGCGAUUCUCGGAAAGUCUGGGCAGUCUAACUAUGCAGUUGGCAACGCCUAUCAAGAUGCCUUCGCUCAGAGCAAGAAGUCGUCAAAGUGCAGAUACAUCGCCCUUAAUCUGGGCGCUGUCGACGGCUCGCUUGCCAUCACCUCUCUCCCCACUGCGCAACAAGAGGUCAUGCGGCGGGGCUCAGUUCUCAUGUCCUUCGAUGAAGUCUUUGCAGUCAUGAGAUACGCAAUGAGCCCAGAGGCAAACCAGGAUGAUCUUCGCCAGUUGAUCCUCGGAUUUGACCGAAAGUCGAUGGAGGCGGUCCAUGAUGAGGCCGCUCUUGCGAAUCCCAUGUUCAGCCAAGUCCCUCGCCUCGAGGAAGAGGGAGAAACAAAGAAAGAGGCUGCGACUGACAUUGGCAAGUUGAUCCAACAAGCAACGACGCUCGAGGAGGUCCAAAGCAUCGUCGUUGGUGGCAUCUGCCAGCGAUUCGCCAUGUUCACUGCCUGCCCCGUCGAGGACGUCAGCCCGGAUGUUUCGAUGGAGAGCUUUGGCCUCGACUCUCUUGUCGCUAUUGAGUUGAAGAACUACCUCGUGCGGACUUUCGAGGCGACACUGCAAACAUCCGAAGUCCUAGAUGCCCCCAACAUUGCUACCCUGGCCAAGACCAUCAUCCUCAGGUCCAAGCUUGUUUCCCAGAACGCCCAGGCGCCUGUCGUUGAGAAGGAAGAUGCCGUUGUCAUUGAAAAGACCUUGGAUCCAGCUGUUGAGAGUGUGGCUUCUGGUGCAAACCACAACUUCCACUGCUGUCGAGCGUCCAAGACUCUCAACAAGAUGCCUCUCUUCGACUUUGACAUCAUGUUUGAUGAAUACCUCGACAGAUCCAGAAUGUUCUUCUCACCUGAGGAAUUUGAGAGUCUGGAGAGGGAUGUGGCAGAGUUUAGAAAGCCCGAAAGUACAGGCCGAAAGCUGUACAGUCGCCUUUACGAGGAGGCCAACGACCCAGAGAUCGAGAAUUGGCAGGAAAAGUACUUCCUGCAGAGCAUGUACCUGCAGAGACGCAUGCCGCUCGCACCAUUCAACAACUUCAUGGCGUUCCACCCUCUCGGAGAGAUGGGUCACACUCAAGCGGAACGGGCAGCUCUGAUCGCCAGCAUUGCCUUCCAGUGCAAGCAGGAUCUCGAGGCAGACCGGUGGGAGCCCAUGGCGUACAUGUUCACAGCCAACUGUACCGAUCUCUGGCAGUACAUCUUCAACGCGGCUCGUCUCCCUGGUGUUCCUCUGGAUCGGAUGGCCAAGUUCCCUGGCAAUGACUACAUGGCAGUGCUCCACCGCGGGCACAUCUUCAAAGUCUUGCUCAAGGACGGAGAGGAGAACGUGCCUGCUGAGGCACUCAUCAAGAUCUUCAGUGCCAUUUUGGACCGAUCAGACACUGACGAGAACUGGACCAGUAUUCUCAGCGCUGACGAUCGCACGUCCUGGGCCGAGAAUCGGCAAGCGUUGAUGGACCUUGACCCAGCCAACAAGGAAACCAUCGACAUGGUUGAAGCUGCUGCUUUCCUUGUCUGUCUCGACGACACAGAGCCCGCUGAUGCGGAAGAGCGAAUCAGGGACAUGAUGAUGCUCAAGGGCUUUAAUCGAUGGGUCGACAAGUCCAUCGCCUUUGUGGUGUGCAAGAACGCAACUUCUGGCACGUACGUCGAGCACACUUGUAUCGAUGCGAUGACUCUAUUUGCGAUGCAGACUGCUAUCGUUCAAGGUAUAAACACCUACGAGCCGCCCCGACAGGUCAACGGACACACGAAUGGCGUUGUCGAGGUGCCCAACGAGUUCACGCUCAAGACAACCCCUGCCUUGGAGGAACGCAUCCUCCACGUCCGCCAGCGAUUCGAGGAUGAGAUCGCCAAGUUUGGCUACAGAGACGUCGUCCUCUCCGAGUUCGGAAAAGACGUUCUGCUCGAUCGCCAUCUUCCCAUCAAGGGCAUCUUCGAUCUCAUGUGCCUGCUCGCCAACUACUAUUACUACGGCUACAACGCCCAAUCCUGGGAGGCAGUCUCCAUGUCCCACUACCACAAGGGCCGGCCAGACAUUGUCCAAGUCAACACGCCCACUACUGCGCACUUUUGCACCAUUGCAGAUGAUGAGAGUCUUCCAGCACGCAAACGGUUCGAGCUGAUGCUUGAGGCCGCCAAUGACCGGAACCAAACCAUCAAGGAUGCGUUCACGGGCCGCUGCUACCAGCGCACGCUCAGAGCCCUCGAGCUCUGCGUGGAGGAGGGUGAAGAAGUCCCCGAUCUCUUCAAGAACCCGCUUUACGAACAGACUGUGGAGCCGAACCAAAUGUUCUCUAAUACGGACGGUCUCUCUCCUGAAUCUUGCUUCAUCAUGCAGAACCCCGAGAGAUUCUGGAUGACAUAUUAUGUCACUGACGCAGGAUCACAUUUCUCCGUCAUCACUGGAAAGAAGGAGGUGGUGGCCUGGGCAGACUGUUUGCAGCGUGCUUCAUUGGUGAUGAAGACGUUGAUAGAUGCGGCAUAA